UAGUUACGUCACGUAUAAGAAUAUUAUAUACAUAAUAUAUAUUUUAUAUUAUCAACAUAAAUGAGAUUACAUAUGAUAAGAUAGUAGAAAUGGAGUGUGUAUUCUUAACAUUGUAAAUAUAGUUACUUUAUUAAUAUACUUUUGUACAUAAUAGGUUAGUUUCUAGUAUGUACAAUGUACUGAAUGUAUUAAGUAUACAUAUAAAGAAACACUUUUCAGUAGUAGUACAGAGGGCAGCGAGAAACAUACCUAACCUCAAAUGUAAAACUAUUUUAAGUAUAGAUAAUAAAAAUCACACGCUUAAACAACGAUAUUGCACAUUGUUUACACAAUUAUCAAAAGACAUAAUUUCAAUUUUUACGCUGAUAAAAAUGUUACCGAAGUAUAAAAAAAAGAGCUUCAUCCUAGAUAAACUGCAUAGAGGAGUUGUAAAUGUCUGUAUAGCUGCCACAGUAAUUACUGGAACACUUUUAGUAUAUAAAGUAUAUGCAUAUUAUCGAUAUGUACGUCCGGCGUUGAAAGAAGUACAAAUGAAAGCUGAGGAAGAUCUUUUAGAGGAGGGAAAAUAUAAAGCACUUGGUUAGAGUAAAAUAGUUAAUUAAUGUGUACGUGUGUACCGUAUAUACAUAUAAAUGUAAUUUAUAUAUGAAAUAAUAACAAAUAA